CAGUUACUGUCUCCCAUGCUUUGCCCGUCUUCACGUUUGUGUUCUCCCUCUCCAGGUGCUAAGAACCUGUACAUCAUCUCAGUGAAGGGCAUCAAGGGUCGUCUGAACCGUCUGCCUGCUGCAGGAGUGGGUGACAUGGUCAUGGCCACAGUGAAGAAAGGAAAGCCAGAGCUCAGGAAGAAGGUGCAUCCUGCGGUGGUGAUACGGCAGCGGAAGUCGUAUCGGCGAAAAGAUGGCGUGUUUCUCUACUUUGAAGACAAUGCAGGCGUCAUAGUAAACAACAAAGGAGAAAUGAAGGGUGGGUUUGUUUGGAUGUAUAAGGACGAGAAGCUAAAUAUGCAGUAAUUAUAACAGCCUUAA